AUGAUUGUGUACGAGCAUGGAACAUGGGGAAUGCAAGUCCUCCUGCGCUUGCGCGGCUCCGUCAUCCCAAAGGCUUUGGUGUGGUCAGUGCCGUGCGCUGUAGUGACAGUCAUCCUUCACUUGUACUGGAAUAAGCCUGAGACAAACAGCGAGAUGGAGGGCAUUGAUAACAUUUGGUCGGGAUUUACGUUUGUGCUCGGUUUCCUGAUCGUCUUCCGCAGCAACCAAGCAUACUCACGAUUUUGGGAAAGCGUGACCCUGUUCCAUCAAAUUUCUGGAGAGUGGACCAGCGCCUUUAGCAAUAUCCUCGCAUUCUGCAGUUCUGACAUAGAGAAGGGGGCGCAGGUGCAUGAGUUCAGGCAGUAUCUGACAAGAUUGAUGAGCCUCCUACACUGCAGCGCUCUACAAACAACAUGUGAGCUUGAUGACGACAGCCUGGAAGUCCUAGAUAUCGGGGCCAUCAGCAACCAGGGCCUUCUACAUUUCAGAGACAGCCCUGAUCGCUGCGAGACCGUUUUGCUAUGGCUUGAGCGCUUGAUCGUAGAAGCCGAGCAGUCGAAGCUCCUAAACGUGCCUCCGCCAAUCCUGUCCCGGGCAUUCCAAGAACUGUCUCGUGGGAUGGUUAACAUGACCAACCUGAAGAAGAUUCGCGACGUGCCUUUCCCAUUCCCAUAUGCGCAGUUUCUGUCUUGGUUGCUGGUGAUUCACUGGACUCUCACUCCACUAGUUGCGAGCCAGACAGUGUUGAAACCAUGGUGGGCUGGGAUUUUUGUAUUUGUGGUUGAAACUUCGUACUGGACCUUGUUUUACAUUGCGCAGGAAAUCGAUCAGCCCUUUGGUGAAGAUGCGAAUGAUCUGCCAGUGAGGGAGAUGCAGCGCAAGUUCAAUGCCAAACUAGAUUUCUUCAUUCAGCCCAAAUCCUAUACACUGCCCUCCAUUAACUUAGAUGCGAGCCAGCAUAUUUGCUUCCUAGCGUCCAGCUUCAGCGUCGCACUCACUGCGCAGGCUACAAAGGCUGCUGGGCAGGAGGCGAAUGUCACUCGACAGGAUGCAAUCGGGGGAAAAGGUUUUGCAGACAAUGCCUGUGAGCCCACGGUGCUGCAGAUCUGCGAGCAAGCAGUGGCUGCAGCGCGUGAGCCCGCACAAUUUGCGGCAUUUGACAGCGACGAGGUGAGCAAAGCUCAGAGCGGAGCAAGCAUGCAGAGCCUGCAGGGCGUGAAGCUUCCCGACUUGGCGGCUCAGCUGGCUCAGCUGGAGCUCUUCGUGGCCCAGAUGAAGCUCAACACUGAGCAAGAGCAACCGCAUCACACAGAGCAUCCUGCACAUAGGGCGGCGAACGGCGAGCAAAGUCAUCUCCAUGAAGAUGUGUCUCAAAGUUCAGUGAGUUCAAAGCGUCCUGGCUUGUCCUUUGACGUGCUUCAGGCUUGGUCCAUAAGAUUGACCGAGGCACUCGCAUCCAUGGACAGCACGCAGGAGGAUCAAAUGCGGUGGCCAGAGCUUGGCCUGGAAGAGCGGGUGCAAGCUGUUUGGGAGCAUGUGCUUGCCCAGCAGCAGGAGCAAUCUAAGCGCGAGGAGGAGGUGGCGCGACUCAGCAAACUGUUGACCCAGCAGCGCUUGGACAAGAAUCUGAAACCCAACUGUUGGAGUUGUGAUCAGCUCCUGUUGGAUUUAGAUGCCCUGCUGCGUGCCUUGCAACGCAUUUGCCUGGCUGCCAUGACUGGUUUGGAACCCAAUGGAAUGCCCAGCGCGCUCCAGUCGGACCGGGCCGUGGUCGCCAAGGUAGCGGCCACGCUCACUGCAGCAGUUAAUGAAAUCGAGGAGUCUGGCGGUCAGGUCGACUUUCAGCUGAAGGAGCUGGCUGCAUACUUGGCUCCUCAACCGCACCCCAUGAAUGCUGGAUGGCCUUGCAUGCGAACAUUUUACCUUUUCCUGCCAGCAACAACUGUGGACGAGUGUAGGGCAGAGCGCAAGACAGGAAGCACAGAACCUCGAAGGAAGCAUAACUGUUCAAGGCUUGGGUGUCCUUGCAGUCAUCCAGCACAACCUCUCGGCUGA